AUGUAUAGAUUUGAUAAUGCACUAUUUACUUUUCCUGUCACUAGAAAGCACUUUUUCUCUGAUAAAGUGUAUUAGCUAUACUUGUUUAAUGAUGAAUUCAUUAUGACUGAUGUAAUAAAGAAAUAUUUUAUAUAUAGAACUAGGCAAAAAAAGCAAAAUAUGAGAUCAAAUUGAAUAUGACAACUACUUUAAAUUGGAUAGUGAGUGAUAAGAAAAUAUAAGCUUUUGAAAUAUCUUACAAUAAUAAAAUGAAGGCAUUUAAUGCUUCUCCAAAUAAGUUAUAAUUGUUAAGAGAGAUGAUUGCUGGGCGAGUAUUUUAUUCUGGAAUCUAAAACUUCUAUGAAAUUUAAAUGAAAGUUGGUUAUGGAAUGAUUGGAGAAGUACAAAUUGUUAAGAAAGUUAGGUCUAUAGAGCCGUAUCUUAAAAUGGAGAUUAUGUUGCCAUUAAAAAGUGUGACAAAUAGAAAUUGGCAUCACUUUAAGGAGGAAUUGUAAGAAAUUUCUGUUGAUUUUAGCCUUAAUUGAUCUAAGAAUUAUAGCUCCUACAACAACUUUCACAUAUAAAUAUUUUAAAACUUAAAGAAGUCUAUUCUGAUCAAUAAUUUUAUUACAUAGUUACUGAAUUUGUUGAUGGAAGAACAUUGCAUACUGAAUUAUUGUCAAGACCAGCAGGCUUAAGUAUCACUCAGACAUUAAAAGUCAUGUUUUAAAUUUUAAGUGCUCUCAUAUAUAUCCAUUCAAAAGGAAUUAUGCAUAGAGAUAUAAAUCCACACAAUAUAAUGAUUUCAGAAAAUAUAAAAUUGAUUGAUUUUGGGUUAGCUAGGAAGAUUAAAAAUUAAUUAAUAUUUCCUACUGCAGGGACACCAGGCUAUAUGGCUCCUGAAAUAAUUAACUAUAAAUAAGAAAAGCCUUAUGAUGAGAAAGCAGAUAUUUUUAGUUUAGGAUGCAUGUUAUAUAAAAUGUAUAAAUAAUAAACAAUUUAGGUUGUCGGGUGAAAAUCUAUUCCAUAAAUAAAAAAAUAUAUUUUAAGAAAAUAAGGAAGGCUUUUUUGAAUUAAAAAAGAACCCUUAACAUCCAGAAUGCAGUUCAAAUAAGAUGGAUUAAUUAUUUGUUUUGUUAGCUCAUAUGCUUGAAAAUGAUCCAAAUGAAAGACCUAAUGCUUAGUUUUGCAAGUUUUUGUUAAAGGAAAUUGAAAACAACAAUCAAUAGAUAGAUAAAUUGAUUCGAAAAUAACAAAUAAUGAGACCCAUUUUUGUAGCUACUGAUGAAACUCCCCUUGAAAGAACUCCUUUAAGUUUUGCUAGCAAUAAUAAAGGUAAAUCAAGUGACACACUUAUGAAAAGUGACGAUAUCACAACUCAAGGAAAUAAAAAACUUAGUAAAAUAGCAAUUAAGAAUGUGUGA